AGUUGUAGCUGAAAUCAGUCCAAAUUCGACUGGUACAGUGUGAACUGGUACAGUAACUGUGAGUUGUACACGACUACUCCUACAAAUCUUGUUCAUCAUAAAAAAACCUAAAGACCUCCACGUAAUUAUAUUCAGGACCAGAAUCAGAAACCAUGUCCUCCUCAUCGUCCUCACGUCGUCUUGAGUACUUCGAACUAUUGGAUAUACCCGAAGAUUGCAGCAACCGCCAAGUCGUUCAAGCAUAUCGACGCAAAUCACUCCAACAUCAUCCAGACAAACCCGGUGGAGACAAGGCGAUCUUCCAAAAGUUGACCAAGGCCUACGCAUGUUUGAGGAAUGAGGGGAAGAGGUCGCGAUAUCUCCGCCUCGGGUAUGAUGAGGAUAAUGUCACCGGUGAAGAUUAAGGCCCACACUCCAACUCCAUUGCCAUUGGUUACAUACUGAGAGUGGUCAUUGAUAAGUGAACAGGCCAACGCCUCAACCACUAAGCGAACUGCGCAGUUGGCUUAGUGGUUUAGGCGUUGGCCUGUUCACUUAUCAGUCAUGAACGCUUCCGGUAUUUGGUAACCUGAAUUUGAUCACAAGGAUUAUCCUCUUACUUAUUUUCCCUUAUUAUGAUCAAAAUCAGGGGGCUACCGAAUACCAGCAGAACAGUACAGGUUACUGAGAUCGAAGAGGGGCCCCGUGAGAGAACAACAGGGGAAGGCUAAGGGAAAACAAGCAAAGAGGUGCUGGGCCCUUCCCGUUCAGAGUCAGUGACCAAUGAGAGCCGACCUUUAAGAAGAAGCAGGCGAGGGAGGCGAUUAUAGUGCGGCUAUUAUGGUUUGCGCGAGAUGUGUCUUUCCUGUACAAUAUCGACAGUACAAAAAAAGGAGACGAGCAUCCAGUAAGCACUCGACUAUCUAGUAGAAGUAGACGUGCUGGUAUUUAAUAGUUUUAGACUUCGACGUGCUUGUCGUGACAGACAAGGACUCCUGAGAGUGAAAGAGCUGUUUCCUCUCUUUUCUUUCCAUUAGCUCUACUCUAAGUCUUCUUUCGUGGAUGCUUUUUUCGGUGAGUCAGCACGAGCUGCAGAUGGCAGAUCUGCAGACUGGAAGUUGUUUAGUGUGAGCAACUACACCAUAAUAAGUCUGGAGGAAGUCCCAAUUUACAUGCGGGACAUCGUUCAAGUGGGCCUCAACUACCUCGCAUCCGUUGACAUACCACUCGGACAGGAGAGCUUUAAUUAUGACAUUUUCAUGUUGUCCUUGUCGUGGCCCGUGGGCAAGAAAUAAUGUAUAGAAUGUGGACGUGGAGGAGGUCGUGGUGAUGAAGGAUUAUCGCCAUCGUGAGAAGAAAAUACUAUCGCUGCUCCUACUUCUUCAAUGAUGAUGUUUCGACUUUGGUUCUUUUGCUUUGAUGUUUGGGUAGACACUUUCAACACGCAUGCAACUCGUCCAUUUGUCCUCCACUUCAUCUACCACUAGUAGUCUUUUUCAUCUGGUCGUUCUCCUUCCCCAUUUAUUCUCAUUCAAUUCUAAUACGACCAACUCCCAUAAGUGGUCCCAUCUUUCUCACUGUUCUUGUAAAUCUAAGUACUAAUCGUCCCCACCAAUUUUUUUAUUACGGAACUUCUAAUCUGCAUCGAUUUUCCUACUACGGCAUUCGAGAAUCGACAUUCUCUAUUUGAUGCUAGGAUUGGUGGAGGAUGAGGAGCUGACCCAGGAAGCCUUUGACCGCGAUAGCAGCUACCCGAUAACAUACUACGACACACCCUUGCAGCCGUUAUGAAACAUUAACGAAGUUUUGACGUCCGCCGCCUCAGAGACUUGAUGGAAGUCCUCACUACAUUUUCACGCCAUAGAAGUGCUGGACUUAGAAAGUCCUAGGGCAGGCUCAUCUUAUUACAUUAGCAUACUGGGAUACACCUUUGGUGCAGCCUUGAAUUGUAUCCGUGAAGCAGACGGUCACCAGCACCUCCUCUCCCUCUGACUUCCUACAAAGUAGAAAGCUGCUCUAAUCCACGGAAUCGCCCCUCGUUGGUCUGACCAGAAUAUUCUCGGGAACGACCGACCUAAAGAUAUCGAAAAGCGAGUCGAAAGGAAAGAGCUAAACUUAAGGUUCGUCACCACAUUGUAUCCUGCAAUAACAUCCUUGUUGGCCUCAAGUAGAAAAUAGUAGGAUCUCAUCAAGUACUAGAGAAUAGUAGCAUCAUGGUCUCUUUGUAGAUCAUGAGCCCACUGCUCCUAAUGAUCCUAUUCUAUCUUAAGGGUAGGCUAAAGGUGCUUUUGUUACCGUUUGUUAUGGCUCUCCUAAGGGGGACAGCCAUAACAAGCGGGAUAAACGAACACCAAAAACCUACCUCUAACUAUCCUGAAAUAGUUGUUGGGUCAGCAGGGAUCACGUAUUUCCGAUCUCACGAGGAAUGUAAGAGUAAUGCUGCAACCACCUUUAAUAAUCUACGAAGAGUUCGAACGACGACAAAGAUUCGCUCUGGCUGCUUUGGAGAAUAACGUGGACGAACUAGCAGCUCUGGAGGAGGAUUACUACACUAAAAAAACAGAAGGAGAACAACAGAAGUCGUCUGGUACAAGUGGUGCUGGUACCACUGGUGGUGGGAAGUAUACGAAAGUUAUGUUGUUGACUGUGACCUUGAACAGAAUCAAGCAGCAGUUGGUUCAUACUUAUCUAGAUUCAUGAUACAUUGCUGCUGCUACAUGUACUUACGUCGUCCUUCAGCCUUUUACAUGUACUUACGUCCUUCAGCCUUCCACAUGUACUUACAUUCUACACCUCCUACAACAGACCCUCGUUUGAAUGGUUCUGGUAUUUGGUAACCUGAGUUUGAUCCUAAGGAAAAACAAGAAGGGAACCCUUAGGAUCAAAAUCAGGUUACCAAAUACCAGCACCAUUCAGUUGCUCUGCUCCACCCUUUCUUCAUACCAAUCGAACGACUGGAGGAAGACGCCGAAGCUGCGGAUACGUUUGAUGGGUGAACAAGAGGCCAUGGCGUGUCGUGUUCCUUUUGGGAAUGUUCUUGUUUAUAAGUCACGACGAUCAGAAACGGUAUCACCAUUAAGGUCCAUUUAAUGGUGAUA